ACUCAAAGUUCAGGAGGAAUGGAUUGUAUUAGCCUCUCAUUGCGUGCUGACGGUGGCUGCAAACCUCACUGGCGAUAGUCUGACAGACAUUGCGUGCUGUAAGAAGCCAGCUUCAUGACUUAUGUAUGAAAGCACACCUGUGACCUGGCAGCCAUAUCUCCAUCAGCCAAGCAUCUUAGUGAGCUCACUGACCAUUAGCCAUUCUGCUUAACUUGCCAUUCACUGCUUGUAAAAAAUGAAAACCUUCCCAGUCCGCAUCAGCGUGCAAUCAGCGACGAAGCCAAGAGGGAGAAAAUGCACCCAUUCAGACCUUUAAAUUGGUAUCGAUAUCUUCAUCUGCCGAUGUGAAUAUUUCGGUGACAGAGCAAUCUCGUUUAGCUUGCAGACUGAUAAGGCGUUUUCCUGUUUUCAUGGCUGCUUCACCAAGACAAUGUGCACCUUCCCGGCCUAGGUACUUCUGUGUAUUUUCCAGGGGGAGAGUGAGAAGAAAGAAGCGCCCUCUGGGGGAGCUUGAGACCCGGUACCAGUACACGCCUCCACAGCCGGUCUUGUCGUGCCGAACGGUAAACAUUGAUGUGUCGGGUACACGCACCUACAGGCCCUUGUCCACGGCAGACAUCAUCACAGAACAGCAGAGGCUCAUCCACAACAUCUUCCAGAAGAGCAGAGGUACGACCUCUGCACCUCCUACACGGAGCUCCCGUAAAGGCCUGGGCCUUGUCUCGAAUGGCAGCGGCCGCCCUGCCCAUCAUGCCAAAAAAGAUCGUCUGAAGAACGUUAAGCCUGCCACCGACUCUUUCAUGGUCCUGUCCGUGGACAGGGAUCUGCUGGAGACACGGCGCUUUCAAAACCAGUUGACCCAUCAAAUUCACGCACACUGGCGUCCGGAGAACAACAGUCUCAACCAGGGUCUCUUCGUGCGUGGUCAGUCAGCCCAGGAGGACGUCACACCUUCGCCGGACGCCUGGCUGACGUUCAGCGGUGGUCAGGGCGAGGAGUCAGAGGGCGUCAUCGACGCUUUCACCAGUGCCAACACUGCAGACAACUAUUACAACGUCCAUGGUUCCGUCGGCAGUCGUAUUGCCAUGCAGCUGCAGAAAGGUGACCGCAUACGCAUUGGGGUCAAUGGUCACAUCUUGAGCCACGACUUGAAAGUUAAGAAGUGGACCAAGGACGAGGGGGAAGACGAUCAAGACAAAGGAAAUGAGAAAUUAGGCGAUGAUGGGGAGAAAGAACAGGAGGAGCAAGACGAGAAAGAGGAUCCACACAACCCCGCGCUGACAAACGGCGAGGACCAGACGACACUCGCUGACUUCGACUUUGGGGAGCUGGUGUUCUACCCAUUAGACAAGAAUGUGCAGGAGGGUCGCGAGAAGAAGCAGAAACCAGCGAUUCCGGAGAUCCCUCUCAGCUGGGGAGACCAGAUCGGCCGCCCAGAGGUCAAAGUUCUCAGUCCUAGAGUUACUCCAAGAGACAACGACAGAGAGAAUCUCUUCGAGACACAUCCGGUAUUCUUCCAGAAGCUUCUCACCAUCGACUGUCCGCGGCCGAGGCUGGCGUCAGCGACCUCUAGCGGUGGCUAUCGCGUCAAGCAGCGCCCCCUGGGUCACACGCGACACGACAAUAGGUUCGAUGCCAACAACAACAAGGUGAAGGCCAUCACUGUCGAUCGUCUGUCGCCGGAGGACGAGCUUCACCUCAGCAGUCUGUCUGUUGAUGACGUCAUUCAGCACCGCUUAGACAAAUCUCCUUCAAACCUCGGCGCCAACUCGGGGGAAUCGAACACCAAGGCUCCGGCGAGGAAAGGGGAGGUCUCGCUGUCCAGCUCCGCUAGACGGUCGAAAAAUAAGCAGGAUUCAGCAGGCAGGACUGGCCACGCCAGGUCGGCGAGACAAACAACGGAAGUUGCCGGUCACGUGGGUGGAGAUGUGGCAAGUAGCCGGUCCCACCUCCCGGGACGCUCGGUCUCUCCUAGCCAUGCCCACGUCACGUGGAACAGCGACACCCUCAACUUCAGCCUUUCUCACAGCCACGGGUCAGAAGUCAGGCACAAAACCGGCAGCGCCAAGGUACAGAGUAAAAGCUUUACAAUUGGGAGGACGGCGCCUCUCCAUCGUGCUGGCCUGGGCCUAGGCGGCAGCGUCAGCAGCAUCAACAUCGGCUCCUUGCCAGGCGAAACCGAGUACAUUCAGAUCGCGCAGCCCAUCAGGAACCCUAACUCUUCCGCAACCAACGGAGUUCGCUCCCUUUACUCCCAGUUUGCCAUGUACGGCGGUGACGCUACCGUGCCCCGCGCACCUGCAGCCCGCAGAAACCUGUCACAGGACCGACUGGCGGAUUCUAGCACCAUGGGUCUCCCCAGCCCUCGAGUCCUUCCGCCGCAGACCGGCCAGGAGCUGAUGGAGCCCCCGCAUCCCCCUUCUCCGGAGGCCAACGAAACACCUUCGGAGAGGAUGGGAGCCAACCUCCUGACCCCCUUCUCUGACCUUUACCCGCCGCCCUCCAGCGCCAUGGCCAUCAGCAUCCCCACGGCCGAUAACCUGUCCGACCGUGAGUCCCCCACCCCACUGUCCAUGGAUGGCCGAACUCCGGGCAAAGACGAACGAGGGCUGAGCUUCGCGGAGCGGAGGGAACGGUCAGUACGCAACCAGCACAUCGAUCACAUCGCUGAUCUCCUCGCCGGCGCCCUCCUGGACCAAGAGCAAGCUUAAAACUCCGACAGGCGCUGGAGUUGCUUGCUCCUUACGUGGGAAUCGCCAAACGAACACAAAUGUAACUAACAAUGUGGGCGAGAUGAACGUGUUUCAUGCUUUUUAUCAAUUAGUAUUACUGAUGACGUCGACAAAGAUGUCAACAGUUGUACUCAAGUUGUGAGCUCAAAUUAUAGCCGUACUCCAGCUGAGAUCUCAUUAAAGGUAUCUGUAUAAUGACGAGACGAUUUUUUAAUCACAGAUUCGUGCAUUCUCUUAAUUCAUCCUCUUACUUUUUGAAGGGGACACUUUAAAGUAUUUCCCGUGGUGCACAUCUGGUAGUGACAUGCCUGCCAUGAGAUGUGAGAUAGGCAUUGUAAGUGAACCACAAAGAACUUAGGCGAGAGCUCUCGACUUGCCCGCUACUCACUGCUGCGGAAAUGCUGCGUCACUGAGAGCGCUUUGUUCUUAAACCUUGAAGAAAAAAGACGAGGAGGGAGAAAUUUGAGCAGAAGGAGAGAGAGAGAAAAAAAAAUAGCAAUCUGCAACAUAACUAUAACUACAAAUGAUCUGGCGACAGAUUUGCCAAACUCUUACUUCUUAGAUAGAAAGUAUACGACUGCAGCCUGUCCUUGCAACCAAUUUUUAAAAAGCAGUUUUGAGGACAUACAAAAUGACUUGCUGCUAUGUCUUGCUUCAGACUGUACUAUUGUACAUUUUUAUAGACAAGAUUUUCGAGGUCUUUUUUCCUCAAUGUUUUUGAUGCUUUGCAAAACAUACUUUACAUAAUUAUGUACGAGGAUGUUUAGUGUUCUAUGAUAUUGAGCUCUACUCGCCCCUAACACAAACGCGCGCUCACACACACACACAACCUUCCACAGAUAGAAUUCCAAUGAAGAUAAUAUUUUGAGAACAAGAAAACUUAAUGACUAGUGUGGAUGACAAAAGUGGCAACUUUUAUAUAUUUUAUACGAGGUUUUAUAAUUAUGUUACGCUUGUUGUGGUAAUAAACAUUGUGAUCCGUACGUUAAAUCUGUGUUCGUGCGUACGUGCGAGCGAACGAGUGAGCGAAUGAGUCAAAGAGAUAGAGAAAGCAGUACAUCUGUAUGUUGCUGCCAUGUCAAUACGACGAACAGGGGAUGGUUUUGUUACAUGUGUGAUUUAUUUUAUUGUUCAAAUACACAUCUUUUAUACGCUUCGGUGUGCCAUUCUUUGCACAUUGCUGUAUGAUAGUGUACAUAGCAACAUUGCUAGAUGUAAGAACUGCAAGUCCUAUCUUUACAAAUAGACAGUUGAUUGUGUGUUAUACUGUCUUUGAUUAGACUGCACAACGAGUUAUUUGUGUGUUUACUUGUGUGUUUAGUUUGCCUUUUGGAAAUGAUUUAGAUACAUGUGUGUGAAUCGCAAUACCUGCAGAAGAGGCUGAUAACUUUUUAAUUUGAUUUGACUUUCACGGCGUAUUCCAAAUUUGAUGUGCUUAUAGAAUAUCUAGAAAUGACUUCUGAACUAAGAAUGAUCUUGUGCUAUGGAACUGUAUAUGAGAAUGCGAAAACAAGAAUGGAAUUGAUUUAAUA